GUUUGAACCGCAGGAGGAGAGAGUGUGGUUUUUCGCUUUCCGAGACACACGCCCAUGUGACUCGUGGGUGUAAAAUGUUUUGUUAUUUCAUAUAUGGAAGCUCGGUCAGAUUUUAUUCCAACGGCUUCAAUUCGGACACUUUUUUAGUAUUGACAGCAUUUAUCAAAGCUUAGUAAAAAUUUUAUUAAUGUAAAGAAGCGAAAUUUCUCUGUUAAUAUUUCCCCUACAAGGGAACCAAAAACAUUCAAUCGACACAGCCUUUGCAAGAAAGAAGUCCCCAGUAAGAGGAGACAAGCUGCGAUGAAGGAUGUUUGAAGCUGCGGCUUCAAACGCCAACAGAAACAAAAGUCCCACAGAAGACUUUCCGACGCCCGUGCUCUUCGGGGCGGCCUCAACCUGCGGGCGGAGAUGCUCCCGCGGCCCAAAGUCUUCAUCGUGUUCGUCGCGUGGGCCGCCGCCUGCGGCCUCAUGCUCGUGCUCUGGCAGGACCCAUCCGCCCUGCCCGCUCACCACCAGCACCUGUCGGCGCCCGCGCCCUCGCGCGCGCGCGGCCACAGGAUCCGCACGCACGUCAGCAACCCGCUCUACCUGCAGGUGCGAGGCAGCGACAGGACGGAGAAGUACCCGACCUACAGGAGAGAUGGAGGUGCCGGGACGCGCGCGGCCAAAUACAGAGAGGAGGAAAGAAAUAACGAAGGAGAUCAGAAGGCAGUGGACGAUGCGGAGAAUCAAGAUUUAGCUGAGAGUUACGAUGGAGAAGCGGAAGUCAAGGAAGCGGACGAAGGCGACGGCUUGCCUCCAGAGACCCCGUUAGAAGACGAGGAGGACGAGGACGAGGAC